AUGGGCAGCGGGCGCGGCGCGGGGGGCCGGCGCUGGGCCGCCCGGGGCGUGCUGCUGGCGCUGGCCGCCGGGCUCCUGGCCGCCAGCUCGGCCAGCGAGUACGACUACGUGAGCUUCCAGUCGGACAUCGGCUCCUACCAGAGCGGGCGCUUCUACACCAAGCCGCCGCAGUGCGUGGACAUCCCGGCCGACCUCCGGCUGUGCCACAACGUGGGCUACAAGAAGAUGGUGCUGCCCAACCUGCUGGAGCACGAGACCAUGGCCGAGGUGAAGCAGCAGGCCAGCAGCUGGGUGCCCCUGCUCAACAAGAACUGCCACAUCGGCACCCAGGUCUUCCUCUGCUCGCUCUUCGCGCCCGUGUGCCUCGACCGGCCCAUCUACCCGUGCCGCUGGCUCUGCGAGGCCGUGCGCGACUCUUGCGAGCCCGUCAUGCAGUUCUUCGGCUUCUACUGGCCCGAGAUGCUCAAGUGUGACAAGUUCCCCGAGGGGGAUGUCUGCAUCGCCAUGACCCCGCCCAAUGCCACCGAGGCCUCCAAGCCCCAAGGCACAACCGUGUGUCCUCCGUGUGACAACGAGUUGAAAUCUGAAGCCAUAAUUGAACAUCUCUGCGCCAGCGAGUUUGCAUUGAGGAUGAAAAUCAAAGAAGUGAAAAAAGAAAACGGUGACAAAAAGAUUGUCCCCAAGAAGAAGAAGCCCCUGAAGUUGGGACCCAUCAAGAAGAAGGAACUGAAGAAGCUGGUCCUGUACCUGAAGAAUGGGGCUGACUGCCCAUGCCACCAACUGGACAACCUCAGCCACCAUUUCCUCAUCAUGGGCCGGAAGGUGAAGAGCCAGUACUUGUUGACGGCAAUCCACAAGUGGGACAAGAAAAACAAGGAAUUCAAAAACUUCAUGAAGAAGAUGAAAAACCACGAAUGUCCCACUUUCCAGUCAGUCUUUAAGUGAUUCUCCCCCAGGGGGGCAGGUUGGGGAGGGAGCCGUGGGCUGGGGUGAGGGGUGGGGCUGAGCAGGCCACCCUAGAACCUGGACGUUCACGCUCAGUGCUCCUUCGGUUGGUAGAGGACCUUGUAAUUCCAGUUGGCUUUGCUCUGGCAGCAUCCAUCCCCACCCCUUCCCCCCUGUAGCCAUGCUCCAGACCCGGGACAGCCAGUAUUUAAAGCCGCAUGCCCAGGUAAGGAAAACCAUGUAGAUUAGGAAGUCUUCUAGGAUCGACUGUGGAACAGCACAUCACUGAGUAAAGCAGGUGCAAACCAUUUCAACCAGAGACAGCCACUAAAAAAGAAAAUUUGGCCAGUAAACAAAAACAAAAGCAAAACCGAGAUUGGGCUAAAAGUGAGCGACAGCAACAAAUAAAAGUUCUGCAACUUUCUUUGUGUUGUUACAAGUUGCUUAUGGAUCCUAUCUGCCAAUCUAUGCCUUUGGGACUAGAACAUUCCAACUAUUGGUAAGAUGUGCUCUUCAUUCCAGAGUAGCUUCUCUUUGUGCCUGCGUUGGACAGAAACACAUACCACUCCUACCACUUAGGAUCAGUUCCAGAAGGUCAGUGUAAGGGAGAAAAAGCACAAGGACAGUAUGUAAUCGACAACACAGGGAGGUCAGGCCUGCCCUGCCUUUCCACGUGAUCGUCCUGUGAUGUGAAUCAGCUAGCCUCAGAUGCCAUGUGGAUGGCAGUUAACAGCAGCCUCCGUGCAUGAUAGGACCUCCAGACAUGUGGAGGGCGGCACAUGCCUGCCUUUGUGUGAGGAAAAGGAAACACUGUGGCCGCCAAACCCUGGGCCGGAGAGAGAUGACGAUUUUCAGACUGAGAAGGCAAUGGUUAAUGGUUUCUAGAAAGCAUCGCUAGAGAAAAAAACAAAGGAAAAAAUAUUAGGAACAGCCCCACAAAUUGCUAGUCAGUAUGAAUUGUAAUUGGGUGAAGAGCUUUGUGCUCUAAUUUCAUCUGUCCAUUCAUUUCACUUUCUUUUUUUCUCUUUUUGGGGGGAGGAGGGAGAAGAACAGCAAAACCCUAUGAACUUCUCAACGUUUAAAAAAAAAGUCUACAUUGACACUUGAAAGGGGUACUGGGCUGAGGGUCUUUUAGUGCCUUUGAAGCUACUUUCCAGCAGGGCAGCUUUCUCACUGGACAUUUGGGGUGGGAGCUGGGUUUACCUGAUAGCAUAACUGUGUGGCCCUAUUUUCUGAGGAGUUCUGGAUUGUCCUGGCCUCCACACAGUACCAGGCAAAACUCACAGUACUUUCUAUGCUUAUUCUUUCCUGUAAAGAAGUGGAUUACUUUUGACCUGAUUGUGGAUCAAAGAAAUUCAGAACAACCAGCCUGCCUGUCCUUCUGCACUUAAAAAAAAAAUUUUUUUUUAAUUCUGCAGAGAGAAAGUUAAACCCAAAGUGUCCCAUCUAAGGAGAGAAUUUCAAAGGCAACACAUCUCUGCAAGUUUUCCUGAGUGCCCUAAGAUACUUCUUAAAAACCCUUGUGUUUAAUAAGUGAUGUACAUAAACUCACUCACAUAAGCAACUUUACUCCUUUUGUUCAGUGUAUAGGAAGUCACUCUAAGCAAUUAAUACUAAUUUGCUCCUCAAGCCCAAUUUUUAAUCCUCUGUAAAACCUGAAAGUGGUGAACUAGUGGUUGUCCCUCUGGGUGAAUGUUUAUACCCAAUCCUGAAGCUGCAGUGAUGCUGGGAGGUGUCACCCCCGUGGCCCCUGGACUGACACAGAAACAGCGGAAGAUUCUGUUAAUUUUUGAAGACUCCAGUCUGAAAAUCAGCAUGCCAACUUCAUUACCUACCUGAGGGUUAUCCUGAUAUAAUUAACCUCUCACAAUUAGUGAUCCUGUUAUUUUAACACUUUUUUUUUUUUGUGGUUCUCUCUGAACUUUAAUCAUAAAGUGUUGGGGAUCUUAAGUGAUUUGCCUAUAAUUUUGGAUGAUCUUUUUAAAAUGUGUAUAUAUAUUAGUUAAUUAGAAAUAUUCUACUUUCCUAUUGUUAACUGAAAUUCAGAACGAUUUCAUGAAUGCAUGGAUCUGGGCCUUGUUUGGGUUGGUUAACUCAAGAGUUCAGUGCUCAUAUGUAUCUGCUCAUUUUGACAGAGGGCAACACGCAGCAGGCCCUGUCCAAAGCAGGGCCUUGGGAAGGGGUUUGUGUGGGGUAUUCGCAGUUACCGCUUAAAGACUGUGGAAGAAUGGGUGGCCGUGCUGUGCGACUCUCUAAAUGGGAAUUCUCAGGUAGGAAGUGACAUUUUCAGCACGAGUUCAAAAUAUAUUGGAAGUAGGAAUUGCAGCCGCAGGUUUUAUUCCGAUCAGACAGUCCUGGGACUGGUGAGUUUCACUGCGGAUCUGAGAUACACACUAUCUUUGUCUAUAACACAUCAGCAAUUUUAGGGCAUGAAGGGAGGUGACAGGCCCAAAGCUGUAUUUUUCUCACAAUCCUUUGGUUUUCUCAACCAAGGGUACAGCAAAACUAAUGUGUAGACUAUCUGCAUGGUCAUCGGUUUGCAAAAGAGGAGGUCUGUAUGUGAUUCAGUAGUUGUUGCCAGUUCAAAGGUCAUAUUUGUGAUGGUUGAAAAUCACUCUGGGUAGAAUCCUGCGAAGUCAUUGGCAGAACUCAGCUCAGUCUUUGAAGAUUACUAGUUCUCUUAAGAAGUGAGUUGAGAAUCCCAAGAACACUUUCCUUUUAGACCGUCCCAUGGAAUGCGUGGCUCUGGGUGUCCGUACGUUAGCACCGAGGGCUCCCGAAGGCAACAUGCGGUGAGAGUUCCAGUUUUCAUCUGGAUCUGUAAAUUACCGAAAGCCCAGUGCCCAAAGCUAGAAUGUGUGUUUCUCAUCAGACUCCCAAGCAACUGGUUGCUCUCUCAUAAGUCCGCAGAUGCGGGCUCAGGCCAUCCGUUUCCGAAGCGCACCUUGGGGACUCCCAGGCAAUAGCUUCGCAGCCACUCUGAUCUGUCACCAGCAGAUACAUAGGGCAUGGGUGAAAUUCCUGUUUCCUCUAGUCCCCUCACGUAGCACUCCUCUUCUAGAGUCUAAAUCUUUUACAAAAGCUUUGAAUACUGUGAAAAUGUUUUACAUUCCAUUUCAUUUGUGUUGUUUUAACUGCAUUUUACCAGAUGUUUUGAUGUUAUCACUUAUAUUAAUAGUAAUUCCCGUAUGUGUUCAUUUUACUUUCAUGCUUUUCCUGCCAUGUAUCAAUAUUCACUUGACUAAAAUCACUCAAUUAAUCAAUGAUAA